UUUCUAUAAUAGUAUAUACUUGGUAAGGUUUAAGGUGGAAUUAGAUUUGGGGUAAAAAGAAACCCUAAAAAUACAAUCUUGUCUGUUCUCUCUGAAAGUUAUCAGAAAUGAAAAAGAAAAAAUUGGAGGCCGGUUGGUGUAGUCCAUAAAGAUGUCUGCAUCGGCGUUCGUCUGAUUUACGUUGCCGAUUUCGGACAGCCAGGACCCGAUUCUGUUAAAUGGUUGAAGAUGAAGAUUCCUGGCUUACUCCUUGAUAAAUUCCAAAAUUCUUCGUCUUCCCGUGUUUACGAUGGCAUCUCCAUGUCUCCUACUAAUACUCGUGCUGAUUUGUUUGUGAAUGGUAGAUCUUAUGAAGUGGAAGGUCCGUUUGAUUUUAAAUGUCAUGUUACGGCCGAUGAUGCAUACCCUUCCUCGACUCGUUGUGCUCCUAUUGGAUCUGUCAUGUUUGCAUUUGGUGGUAAUCAAUCUCACAUUCAAGAUUUUCAUGAUUAUUUGAGUGAAGCUGAGGGAAUGCUUGCAGCCGACAAUACUCUUCCUCUACCCUUAAGCACCAUCACUGGUGGCAAACCUUACGUAGGGUUAGGGGCGGAUCUAAGUUCAAGAAAAAGGAAUGGUGAUAACGAGUUAUCGAAUUCUUUUGAUUUCUGUGAUUUCAGCGACCCAGCCCCGCAAUGGAAGAUGGGUUCGCAGCCCCUUUUAUGUGCUCGAUACCGACCUAGGCUGGUAUCGAUGUUUGGGAAGCUGUUUGCUUUUGGUGGGAAUCGUCGUGAUUCAGAUACUCCUUUUGCUGAGGUGUUUGACCCGGCUGUGGGAUAUUGGCACCCACUUCCAAAUCCACCAUUUGAAUGGGUUUCCGAUUUUGAACUCGUUGUAUUACUCCUUUUUAGAGUCAAAAGGAUUUUACUGGUGGCUACUUACUCGGAUUUUCAGUACACUUUUGAUCCAUUCACAUGGCAUUGGCACCGCUUUGAUACCUGCCCCGAUCUCACUCGGCUCCUAAUAAAUGCCCUCACAUAUGAAGGUCAAACGCGCGUUGUGGCUGUGUAUAAUGAGACCAUCUAUUGGGUCGACUCCCUUGGGAUACUCUCAAUGUACAAUUUGUCUCACCAGAGGUAUCAGAAAGUGUACGUGACUGGUAUCUGCAAUCCCUGGUUUGGAUAUAGCAAUGGCCGGUUUUUCAACAAACGAGUCAUGGUUUUGUAUCCCUUUUCUGAAGACUUACUGGGCAUCUUAUGGUGUAAAUUCAAUUCACUGAGUCGGUUCCCUCCAUUCACUCAUUCAGAUACUAACUUGGACCUGGUUUUUUUCCGUCUUUCUCCUUUGGAUGCUGCCACGUUAUCAUCAUACUACUUAGAAGAUGAAGAACUUAAAGACUAUUUCGAUGAAAAAACUACUACAAUGACUGCUUCUGUGGUGGAUUUUCUCUCUGUUCCGGUUUAUCACCAUGUAGCUCAAAUACUCGAUGCACACCCAUUGGAUUCAGAUGAGACGAAAAGCUAUUAGCCUGUAUGGCGCAGUGAGCUAAUAGCUGGAUAUUAGUCCAUAGUUUUUGUGUAUGUUAUUAAUCCAAUAAUAAUGAAAUAAUCACCCAACCUUCCAGUAUAUAUUAACUCUGUAGAGUUCUAGCUGAAAUCUAAUCUUUAACAGUCCUCAUCACCAAGUGUUCGAAUCGAAGGUAUCAUGAUCUUACUCUGGAGUCAAUGAAUGAUGCUAACAUUGUAAAGAAUGCAAAAUUCGAAUAAUACGUUACUAGAAUUCCCAUUA